GGCGAGCCAGUGUACCCUGCUCAAGUGGAAGCGGGGGGUGCGUACGUCUCCAACAAGGAGGCCAAAGCAUACUACUGGGUCUUCCAGAUGCGCCCAGUGCGGCAGGGAGAGAUGGCAGCGCGUCUGGGAGCUGCUUUCGAGAACGGCUGGCCGGACCCUUUCGGCAAGUCUGCAGAGGAUGUUGCUAGCUGGUUGUGGAACGAUCUGCUGGCCAGCAACCCAUUCGGUAACUACGGCGUCCUGGUCCCUUGGCCAGAAGAGGAUGAUGACCAGUUGGGUCACGGGGGCUGGGUGGCCUACUCCCGAAGGCAGGUCUGCUACAUCACGGCCAAGAGCUUCUUCGGUGGGAAGCUGUGGAGGUACAACAGUGGCUUGUUCCGGCUGAUGAACAUGUGCACAGAGGCUUGCGACUUUCGGGCCUCCUUUGCAACUCUCCUUGCAUCUUGCGCUGCAGACGAGACGCUGGCAGAUGGAAAGCAGGGCCCCAUGAUCCUCGUGGCCAAGGCAGGGGUUGCGCCGCCUGUGGAGGAGGUCAGGGCACUUGCCGAGAACGUCCAGCUGGAGUCUUCCGGGCUGCGCAUCUGUGACUACGAUGCAGAGGCUGGGCCAUUUGAGAAUGUUGAGGCGGUGCCGCCAGCAGGCUGCGCACCGCGCAGUGCGACGGCGCCUGGUGUCGACUUCAUGACAGGAGGAUUGGAAAGGCAAGUUACGCAAGAUAUUUCUGCCUCUUGGUUCGGAGGAUACCUCUUCGAUGCCAAGGCAUGUGGUUUGGGUGGUGGGCAGGAUGAGCGCCUCUCCGUCUACUUCCCAGAAGUUACCAUCCUCGCAUACUUUCUGUCGACCAGUAGCCCGUAUCCGCAGGUGCGGCAGCCUGUGUGGUUCCUCGGAACCCGGAACUUCUUCAAGAACUUGGAUGGCACGGCCCGCUUCGAUUCGCCACUGGUGCUUUCAGACGUUCCUGUCGACGACAGCAACCUGGAGACUGUCACCCUGGCUGGAAAUUCGUAUCAGAUCGACAAGUCUAGGCCUGUAGUCGUCUUCAUGAGCGAGAGCCAGGGCUUUUUCGACGAGACGAAGCCUAAUUUGGCUUUGGCACGCACCAACCGGUUACCAAGUCAGCGAGACAUGGGCGCCGGAGAAUUUGCAUUUGAGAAGCAGGUGCGUGCUUGGUAUCGAUCCAUGGCCUUGAACUCCUAUGACGAGGCUGUUCGACCCAUCCUUAAGCAGCUGAGCAGUUCAGUGGGCGCUGGUCCGUGGCUUGCUGGGCUCUGGUGGGGGGAUUCCCAGCUUGGCUUUCUUGCUGCCUGGUUGGGGCAGGCCCUGGCGGCUAAAACGUGGGAUCAGCCGCUGCCUCUGGAUUAUUACCUCUAUGCCGACUUUACAGAGAACCCCGGCAACAUGUGCUACAUCCUGCCUGGGGCUUCCUGUGAGAAGUGCUUGGACAUCUGCCAGAAUCCAGACCCGCCGGAGAGCGCGUACUGGAUGCCUGACAACGCCUUUGUUGGUGGCCGACCAUGUGUUGAAGACAAGUCCAUCUGCGGACGCGAGGGCUUCGAUGACGUGGUAGCCGCGGUCCUUGGAAGGAGUGUCGCAGAUGUCUGGAGGGAAAUCGAGAACAAAGUUGCGGCAAAUCCUGUAUCGGUGAAUGUUUUCGACGCGCUCCUGGACGAAGAGGACUUUGGAGUACUUGUACUCGCGAUUCGGUCGUCAGGGGAA